AUGUGCUGGGCCUUGCCGCCACUGCUGCUGCUGCUGCUGUCGCCCGCGCUGCUCGCGAAUCAGGCCGAUCCUCUCCAGGAGAGGGUCCCGUUCCUCCGACUCACACAGGCGGGCAGCGGCGGUCCCACGGCCUCGCCCUGCGCGGGGCUGCCCCAGGCCUCGCCCGCCUCUGUCUCGCUCGUCAACCGCAGCCUGGAGCGCCUGCCCGGCUGCCUGCCCCGCGCUCUGCGCAGCCUCGACGGCAGCCACAACCUGCUGAGCGUCCUGAGCAUGCGCGAGCUCGGCGCGCUGCCGCAGCUGCAGGUGCUGACACUGAGCCACAACCGCAUCGCCGAGCUGCGCUGGGGGUCCGGCGGUCCUGAGGGGCUGCACACGCUGGACCUCAGCCACAACCGCCUGGCCGCGCUGCCGCGCUGCGACUCCGGACCCGCGCUGAGCCGCCUCCACAAGCUGCACCUCGCCGGGAACCCGCUGCGCACGCUCGGGAGCAGGGCCUUCUCUUGCUUUCCCGCGCUCCGCUUCCUCAACCUGUCCUCCACCGCGCUGGGCAGAGACACCGAGGAGCCCAUCGCGCCGGCCGCGUUCACCGACCGCGACAGCAGGGCCCUCGGGGCGCUGGAGACCCUGGACCUCAGCGGCACGUUCCUCACACGCGUUCAAUCGGAGUGGAUCCUAAAUCUGCCGAAUCUCACGGCCUUCUAUCUGAGGAACAUGCCCAGGCUGAAGCAGCUGGACGACGGUGUUUUCAAGUUGACUCCCAAUCUGCAGCAGCUGGAUUGUCAAGACUCCCGGGCCCUCGCUGUUCACACACACGUCUUUGAAGACACUCCCCGCCUCCGAGCCCUUUCCCUCCAGAACUGCAACUUGAGCUCCUUCCCUCCCUGGACGCUGAAUUCCUCCCAGGUCCUUUCUGUUAACCUCUUCGGCAACCCCCUCAUUUGUAGCUGUGAAUUGUCCUGGCUCCUCUCAGAUGCAAAGAGAAUCGUCCUAAACAGGGCGGGAGACACCAUGUGCGCACCAGAUGCUGACUCCAGUCUGGUCUUCCCGGCUCCUCUUUCUCUCGCCCAGCUGCCAGAUAUGUGCCAGUCUAUCCAAACCGACACCUUUGUUACUUCAACCCAGCCCUCCCAGAAUGUGACUUCGCCUGGGAUUCAACCCACUAGCACCAACACAGUCCCUUCCUCUCACUCCCGGGCAGGAAGACAGAGUGUCACCAAGGCGCCCUCCCUGGACAGGAACCACACCACACCAGCCUCAGAGCCCCACAGCAGCGCCCUGGAGAGAGCUGCCCACUCCACCGCCGGCUCUAGCGCUGGUCACAACUGCAGCUCCCUCCCGCGCACAGCCGGGCCAGAGCUCCGAGCGCAGGACGCGGCGCCGCUCGUCACCUCGGUCGCCCCCAAGACAUUCAUUCGUUCUUACCCAGUGAGCCCGUCUGAGCCCAGCCUGGGUACAGCCGAGGCCCCGCAGCCGAGCCCCUCUACGGGCGGGAUCCCCAUCAUCCUAUUGGACGACUACAGCGAGGAAGAAGGGGAGGAGGCGCAGGCGGCGAGGACUCAUCCCCAGGACGCCGAAUGUGACUAUCAUCCCUGUAGGCACCUUCAGAUCCCGUGCGCGGAGCUGCAGAGGCGCAGGCGGUGCAGAUGCCCCGGCCUCAGCGGGGAGGACACCGUCCCCGAUCCGCCCAGCCUCCAGGCAGUGUCGGAGGUUACGGACACAUCGGCCAUCGUCCACUGGUGCGGGCCCAACUCGGUGGUGCACGAGUACCAGAUCCGCUACUAUCCGGAGGGCCAGGCGGGGGCCCCAGCGCUGCUGGGGCCCGUGCACGCCAUCGCGCGGCAGCUCCGCCUGUCGGAACUGGCGCCCGCCACCACCUACCGCGUGUGCGUCCUGGCGGCCAACCGCGCGGGCCAGAGCGCACUGCGCGGCAACGAGUGGAGGCGCCCGUGCGCCGCCUUCACCACCAGGCCCAGCCCGGCGCUGCUGCUGACGGCGCUGGGCGCGGGCUGCGGCGUGCUGCUCCUCAGCACCCUGGUGCUGGCCGUCUGCCUCUGCCUGCGCGCCCGCCAACCCCCCGAGGGCCAGCACCCCACGCACCUCGUGGCCUACAAAAACCCCACCUUUGACUGCCCGCCCAGGACCGUCAACUAG